AUGCAAGCGUGCCUAGCGUUGCAUUAUGUUGGUCGUGGCCAUGUGUUAGCCAUUUGGGUAACAUGCAUUCCAUGGAUGUCGCUCCAACUCGUCCCCGCUCCUAAUCCCUCACUUCUUAUUAAAGCGUGUUCGAUAGAGGCUGCACGUGUAAGCCCCGCACGAAUGGUCAACAAACUCAAUGGGUGCCUUGACAACAGAGCAACAUACUCUAGCGUUUGUCAGC